AUGACAGAUAAUGAUAUGGUGGUGCCCCAGGAUGUAUCAGAUUAUAUACUCUAUACAUCUGAUUCCACAGGUUUGAUUUAUUAUACACCUAAUCUAUUUAAUAGAUGCAUAUACUAUCAAUCAAAUGUUCAUAUAUUAAUAUCCGAUUUGCUAAGGACAAUUGAUUUUCAAAAGAGAAAUUCAUUGAUGAGAAAUCUUUAUCCGUUAUUUCAAAAAGAAUUGACAUUUAUUCAGAAUUAUCCUAUUCGAUAUUUUACAAUACAUGGUAAAGUAAUAUCUUUCCGAAUGAGAUUGAUUCAAAAUCAAGAUUUUAUAAUAUUUAAAUUGGAUGACAAUUCAAAUUAUAAAAUACAUUCAAUACAAUUCAAAUGUCCAAUUUCCUUAUUAUCAGAUUAUUCAAAUGAAGCAUUAUCAAAAUUUGAACAGCAUUGUUAUUUAACAUGUACAGUGGAAAAAGCAUGGUAUUUAACAAAGGAUAUGGUUGAAUUUAACGUAAUUAAAAUUAUCAAUAUUUAUGAUUUAAAUAUGUUUGAAACAACUAAAUUUUGGACUAAAUGUAUACAGACUAGAAAUAUUUUGAUGAAAAUACCUUGGAAUCCGCAAGAGCUACAGAGAAAUGAACUUUAUCUAUUAAAAGACGGACAAAAGAAGACGCCAGAAGUUCAUAUCGAGAUACCUAGACAAAAUAUUUCAACUAAUUACAACGCUCCCAUGGUAGAAUCAAACUCUAAUGAAGAUUUUGCUAAUGAAGAAUCUAUUGUAAUAGUUAAUGAUGUUUCAGAUAAUUCUCUAUCAAUUGAUGAUGAAACUUUUGAAUUAAUUGAUGAUACAAUUAUACAUUUGGAAAGAAAAAUAUAUAAUGAAUUGAUUGCAAGUCUAUUAAAACAAGUAUCAUAUGGUUCACAAUUAAAUGUUAACAUUGAAACUUUCUUUCACAAAAAUGAUGUGCAAUUAUUAUUAGAGAAAUGUAUGGAAAAGCAUUGCAUUAAUUUAGUUGAUGAUGAUGAAGGUCAUGUUAUUUUACCUUCUAAAAAAAGAUAUAUGAAUACAUUUUUAACUAGGUUAACUAAUGAAAGUUUGAUUUCAUGGCCUGAGGGGAGAAUAAAUAUAAUCAACAUUGAUUUGUUACAAAAAUUAUAUAACUAUUCAUCACGAAGAUUGAAAGCAAUGAUUACCAUUAAAUGUCUAACAAUCACAAUUGAUAUAAAUUUUAUUGUUCAAAAAUUAGAAUUAGAAAAAUUUACCUCUGCUACUAAUACAAUUAUAAUGAUCUUUAAGAUUGCAUUAACUCAUAUAGUUAAUGAUAUAAAUAGUCAUAUUAAUGAUUGGUGGAUCGAAAAACGAACAGACAUGUUCUGGUUAAUACAUUUGAAAUAUAAUACCCAGUCACAUGACUCAUAA